AUGAUAUUUCUAAUUGGAAAUUCGACUAAUAAAAUUAAAAUUUGCUAUCCAAUAUACAUGCUUUACAACUUUGAACUUCUGAAGUUCCCAUCAAUUAUAUUGCUAGUUUCCGAGUUUAUGAUGUUCGUGGUGACGGUAUAUUUCGCGAUUAGAUGUGUUUUUGUUAUAUGUAAAGUGAGAGCGUUUCAUAAAAAUUUGACGGGAUUGGCGAUUGUGAUGACUGUUCAGUGGUUGGAAGCAUUGGUGGCGAAGUUCAUAAGUUGGCCGUAUGAGACGGGGUAUUGGGUGUUGGAAGGCGCAUAUAACACAUCCUUAUCCAACACAACUCUCAAACAAUUUUGGACUGACAAUGAAGCUGAAAUGAUUCAAAUCCAAAACUUUACCUAUGAUCUCUCAUUUUUUGUCGCCGGCUUUCUCAAGCUUCACUUCGCGAUCUCCGCGUCCAACAUACUAUUCGUAAUAUCUAUUGAGCGAUGUUGUGCCUGUUAUUUUCUAAACGAUUAUGAGAAAAAGUCAAGAACAUGGAUAGCGGUGACACUUGUAAUUAGUGCUCAAAUUUUCAAUUUUGUGGUUGCCUAUUUGUUUUAUGUGAGAUAUGUUGAAUUUUUGUUCAUGUUUAUUGUUGCCGCAACACCUAAUGUGUUAGCAGUUACGCUUAUCCUAUUCGCCCGUCAAUACAACCUCAAAAUCACACGGAUCCAUGAAAAAUUUGCCCGCGUGUCCAACUACACCCUCGCAGCAAGAUUCCAGGCAAAAGAGAACAACCGAUGUUUCGAAAUGAUCUCGAAAGUUCUGAUUGCCGGGUUUUUCAUCGUUUGUCUGGGACUUUUAACCGCUAUUUUCCUAUUUUUCAACCUCUUCCCACAGCUGGACACAGUUCUGAACCUAUGUUUUAUAGCAGUGGCAAAUUUACCGCCACUCGUGAUUUGUCCGGCCAUUAUUUAUUCGGUGGAUGCCUUCAGGAAUCAUCCAUUUUUAUCGAUUAGCAGUAUUUGGGAGAAGCUGACUGGAGCUUCUGCAAUAAUGCCAGUGAGGAAGGGGAGCACAGCAAAGUGCGAAGAGCUGAAAAAGGAGACAGAGACCUAUUUCAAUCAGUUGGCCGCUUCGUGGACUUGA